AUGACGAGCUUGGAGAGGAGAAGAAAGCCUUGCUCAGCAGUACCCUCACCAGGCCUGGAGCCACCUACCAAAGACUUGGUCUCGGGCUCCAUCGCCCUCUGGAGCCCAAGAUCAAGGCUUCCGGCUCGGGCUCCACAGCCAGCCUGUGGGGUCUGAGGCUGAGGUCUCCGGCUUGGGCCCUUAAGGCCUGAGCUGGAGACUCAGGCUCAGACUCCAGAGGGGGUGGCUGUGGAGUGCGAGAGCGGAACGCCAGGCCGGCAACUGAAACCCCAAGUCCAGCAGCGGCUCUGACCCUGUCGGAAAAAACCAGGUACAAAAGGGAAAGGAGAAUACUUUAUUCAAAAUCAUGAUUCAGAGUGUCCGGUUCGAUGCCGCCCUCGGAGUACGACGUCGUCCGGCAUCCAUCCCGUCACAUCACUCGACCUGAAACCCUCCCCAUUAGCCCCCUCGAUUCCUCUUCCCCUUUUUCUCGGAACCCUCCAAUCCUGUUGCGACCUGAGCGUUUUCUUCAAAUGGUCCAAGGGCCGAAUCUUUUUUCUUGCCCAAGGCCCAAGUGA